AUGGAUCUCGCUAGCCUCAUCACCCACUCGGGUCCGGAACCCGUCUCUCUUAAGCGUCGUGCGACUUUCAGCCCUCCUGCUGUCUCAUACAAGCCUUCGACUUCAGACAAGGACUCCUACUUCACUGCUGUCCCGACCACAUACACGCGCUCCCCGCAACCGCCUCUGUCUCCUCCGGUCGAGGACCAGCCCAAAUGCUCUCUCCCCUCCAUCUCGACUCUUCUCGAGAGCGCAGACAGCGCAUCCAUGCAGCCUGCAAAGCGCCAAAGAAUGUCUUCCCCCGCGCACCGGGAACUUGACUUCAGACUCCCCUCGUAUGAGCCCGUUGGCCCUGUUCGCUUGCCGCCUACGCCUCCUCUGCGUCCUGGCUCCAGCUUCCACCGCAACAGCCACUCUCCCUCGGCUUCGUCUGUCUCGGCCGCUAGCAUCAGCAGCACCAGCCCAGUUGUCAAGAACACCGACUCCUUCCAGACUCCUGUGACUUCCGGCAGAUCUUCCGUCUCCAGCCAAGGAUCGCAGCACGUUUCUUCUGGAGCCGCUCCUUAUGCUUCUCCUGCUCCUAGUGUGGCUUCAUACUCUUCUCCUGUCGAGUCCACUGCUUCGUCCGCCGCUUACUACCAGCGCCCAACUAGCUCGACCACCUACCAGAGCACUCCCAGCGUUGCUCCUUCAGCUCCCGCUCCUCUGGCGUCGACAUCGCACCAGCAGAUGAUCUCUCCCGUCACUCCAGCCUGGCAGCACCACCACUACUUCCCCCCUUCCACCUCGACUCCCUACCAGCAAAACCAUGACCGCUACAUCUGCCGCACAUGCCACAAGGCCUUCUCUCGCCCCUCCAGCCUCCGCAUCCACUCUCACAGCCACACCGGCGAGAAGCCUUUCCGAUGCACACACGCUGGCUGCGGUAAGGCCUUUAGCGUGCGCAGCAACAUGAAGCGUCAUGAGCGCGGCUGCCACACCGGCAGAGCCGUCGCAGCUGCCAUGGUCUAA